UUAGUACAUUACUUAAAUUCUCAUUCUAAGGUGGCAUUGAUGGUACAAGAACGUUUUGGUCGUCACUUGCUUGAACUCGGCGGGAAUAAUGCUAUUAUUGUGGAUGAAGAUGCUGAUCCUGAGAUGGUUGUGAGAGCAGCGCUGUUUGCAUGUGUUGGUACUGCUGGACAGAGAUGUACCACAACUCGGAGACUUAUACUGCAUGAGACUCUCUACGACACAGUAGUGGAUCGUCUGGUCAAGGCAUAUGGCAGUUUCAUGCCACGUAUUGGAGAUCCUUUAGAAGAUGGUGUACUCUAUGGACCUAUGCAUUCACAGCAAGGUGUUGAUGGCUACCUAACAACCAUUGAAGAAGCACAAGCUCUUGGAGGUAAAGUUUUGUUUGGUGGUAAAGUUCUUGACCGAGAUGGUUACUACGUAGAGCCAACCAUUAUUACUGGCUUGCCUCACAACUCUCCUGUUGUUCAGAGAGAAACUUUUGCCCCCAUUGUGUAUGUUCUUAAGUGUACCUCGGUUGAUGAAGGUAUCAAAUGGAACAAUGAAGUGAAGCAGGGGCUCUCUUCGUCUCUCUUCACUCAAAAUCUCGCUAAUGUGUUUAAGUGGUUGGGACCUAAGGGUUCUGACUGUGGUAUCAUCAACAUCAACAUACCUACAAAUGGUGCUGAAAUAGGUGGUGCUUUUGGAGGAGAGAAGCACACUGGUGGAGGCCGAGAGAGUGGCUCCGACUCUUGGAAGCAGUACAUGCGUCGCUCAACUUGUACCAUCAACUACACCAAAAAUCUUCCUCUUGCUCAGGGUAUUAAGUUUGAGUAGCCCAGAGAACUCUUCAAACAGUGUUUGAAAGUUAUGUGAGAAUAUUAAAAAUACAGCUAUGAAAGGUUACAUAUUAAAUGUUUACAAAAUUUUUAUCAGAAAUCAUUGUGAAAAGGGAAUGUUUAAAAAUACUUAUUGUAACAGUGUACCAUGAAGCUUCUAUUGAUGUAGCUUCAAGUCUUUUAUAUGUAAAAUAUGAUAUUGUACAGUCUUGACCUCAAUUAUUGUUCAGAGUAUUUUAUAUAUUGAACUGUACAAGCUAAUUUUCUACGUUUUUGUAAAAUGCUUUUGUACCUACCAGUAGUGAGAUUCAAUAAAUUUGAUAAUUUAA